GCUGUCUUACGGACUCGAUGGUCAAGAUGGCGGCGACAGAGAGACCUUCGCGGCUCUAGGUGGGAGACCUAUUUGUUUGCCGCUAAAGCCGUCGCGCCGGGCGUGAGGAGUUAAAGAGUGCGGGGCCGCGGAGGCGGGACCAGUGGCGGAAGUAGUUGCGGGCGCCUUUGCGGGCGCCUUUGCUCCCGCCGCGGACGCUGCCGGGGAGCUCGUUCGGCUUCGCGGGUUGUUGCACGGGGUCCAGAGCGGGCGCUCUGUGAGCGGAGAUAUGGAAGGAGAUGGCUCAGACCUGGAACCUCCGGAUGCCGGGGACGACAGCAAGUCUGAGAAUGGGGAGAACGCUCCCAUCUACUGCAUCUGUCGCAAACCGGACAUCAAUUGCUUCAUGAUUGGAUGUGACAACUGCAACGAGUGGUUCCAUGGAGACUGCAUCCGGAUCACUGAGAAGAUGGCCAAGGCCAUCCGGGAAUGGUACUGUCGGGAGUGCCGAGAGAAGGACCCGAAGCUGGAGAUUCGUUACCGCCACAAAAAGUGCCGGGAGAGGGAUGGCAGUGAGCGGGCCGGCAGUGAGCCCCGGGAUGAGGGAGGAGGGCGCAAGAGGCCGGCUUCAGAUCCAGAGCUGCAGCGCCGGGCAGGGUCAGGGACAGGGGUUGGGGCCAUGCUUGCUCGGGGCUCUGCUUCCCCCCACAAAUCUUCUCCACAGCCCUUGGUGGCCACACCUAGCCAGCACCACCACCAACAGCAGCAGCAGCAGCAGCAGCAAAUCAAACGAUCAGCUCGGAUGUGUGGUGAGUGCGAGGCCUGCCGACGCACUGAGGACUGUGGCCACUGUGACUUCUGCCGUGACAUGAAGAAGUUUGGGGGCCCCAACAAGAUCCGGCAGAAGUGCCGGCUUCGUCAGUGUCAGCUGCGGGCACGGGAAUCGUACAAGUACUUCCCUUCCUCGCUCUCGCCGGUGACACCCUCAGAGGCCCUGCCAAGGCCCCGCCGGCCACCACCCACUCAACAGCAGCCACAGCAGUCCCAGAAGCUGGGGCGUAUUCGUGAAGAUGAGGGGACAGUGUUGUCAUCAGUGGUUAAGGAGCCACCAGAGGCUACAGCAACACCUGAGCCACUUUCAGAUGAGGACCUAGCACUGGACCCCGAUCUGUACCAGGACUUCUGUGCUGGGGCCUUUGAUGAUCACGGCCUACCCUGGAUGAGCGAUGCAGAAGAGUCCCCGUUCCUGGAUCCUGCACUGAGGAAGCGGGCGGUGAAGGUGAAGCACGUGAAGCGCCGGGAGAAGAAGUCCGAGAAGAAGGUGAUGGAGAGGAAGGAGGAGAGGUACAAACGGCAUCGACAGAAGCAGAAACAUAAAGACAAAUGGAAACACCCAGAGAGGGCUGAUGCCAAGGACCCUGCAUCUCUCCCGCAGUGCCUGGGGCCUGGCUGUGUGCGGGCUGCCCAGCCUGGGUCCAAGUAUUGUUCAGAUGACUGUGGCAUGAAGCUGGCAGCCAACCGAAUCUAUGAGAUCCUCCCCCAGCGCAUCCAGCAGUGGCAGCAAAGCCCCUGCAUCGCUGAAGAGCACGGCAAGAAGCUACUUGAGCGGAUCCGCCGUGAGCAGCAGAGCGCCCGCACCCGCCUUCAGGAAAUGGAGCGCAGAUUCCACGAGCUUGAGGCCAUCAUUCUUCGCGCUAAGCAGCAAGCUGUGCGAGAGGAUGAGGAGAACAACGAGAACGACAGUGAUGACACAGAUCUGCAGAUCUUCUGCGUCUCCUGCGGGCAUCCCAUCAACCCACGAGUUGCCUUGCGUCACAUGGAACGUUGCUAUGCUAAGUAUGAGAGCCAGACGUCUUUUGGGUCCAUGUACCCCACACGCAUCGAGGGGGCUACCCGACUCUUCUGUGAUGUCUACAAUCCUCAGAGCAAGACAUAUUGUAAGCGGCUCCAGGUGCUGUGUCCUGAGCACUCCCGGGACCCCAAAGUGCCAGCUGAUGAGGUCUGUGGGUGUCCACUUGUACGUGAUGUCUUUGAGCUCACAGGUGACUUCUGCCGCCUGCCCAAGCGCCAGUGUAAUCGCCAUUAUUGCUGGGAGAAGCUUCGGCGUGCAGAAGUGGACUUGGAGCGCGUGCGGGUGUGGUACAAGCUGGACGAGCUCUUUGAGCAGGAACGUAAUGUACGCACAGCCAUGACCAACAGAGCAGGGCUACUUGCCCUGAUGCUUCACCAAACGAUCCAACACGAUCCACUCACUACCGACCUUCGCUCUAGUGCCGACCGCUGACUUCACCAGCCCAGAGCCUCUCGGCCCUGCAUUCAGUUAGGGGAGAGGCCCUGCAUUGCCAGCUGUCCGUUCCUCCAUUCAUCUGUUUCUUCUGCUGCCCUUAGUUUGAUCCUCACCAUCCACGUUUUGGCUUCCGUUUGCCCUUAUCAAAGGGUCUCUGCUUUCCCUUUGUCACCGUCUGUCUCCUCUUUCCAUAGUCAGGGCUGGGGUGAGACUCAAACUUACUCAUCCUUGCCUAUACCCACCCCCCAAAAACAGGUUUUAUUAAUAAAAAAUGUGAAGAACCAA